GUAGCUUCAUUUUUAGACGAAAAUCUAGAACACAGAUGAGUCGAGGUGACCCAACUUAAAAACUGUAAUUAGAUCUGUUAACCUCCCCGAGGGGCAAAUCCAGCUACAGUUAAGCCGUGGAAAACAUUGCAUGGGAAUAGUUAACGUGAACACAAACGAAAUGAGUAGUGGUAAGUAUAAGUUUAAGUUUAUUAAGUAAUAUAAGUAAUAGUACAAGUUCUCUCAUUCUUGAAUGUAUCAGCUUUACAAUAAAACCAGGAGAAUAAAACGUAUAGACGUAAAACUUAUUAUAUAAUAUUUUGUGCAUUUCAGGGUUUAUGUCAGUCAACCUAAUCAAACGGUCAAAUGCACGCAUACUAUUCUGUUUAGAAUGGUAGACAUGCAGCAUGGUUCAUACUCAUUUUCACUAAUUGUUUUUGCUUUACACAAGAACUAUGAACAUACGUAUGUAUACUCAGGUUUAUGCUAAAAUACAUGGACAUGUAAAUGGUUUUGUAUGUAAUUUUUGUGUGCUGAACAUACAUAAACUUAAGUUCACGCUAAAACAUAUGAACAUAAAAAUUACUGUGUAUAUAAUUAUUUUGUGCUGAACAUACGUAUAUAUACUCAUAAGGACAUCAUGUAAAUUGUGUGAUUACUUUUUGCAUUGCAGGCCCGGUUGCAAGUGCUCUAACGAACAAGUACGGCUGUCGUGCUGUUUGCAUAGGAGGGAGCAUCUUAUCCUGCCUGGCAUUUUUCAUGAGUAUAUUCUCCCCAAAUAUAACAGUGCUCAUCAUUACGUAUGGUGUUAUGGCAGGCAGCGGAUUGAGUUUUAUCUACUUGCCGGCCAUCGUUAGCGUGGGUUACUACUUUGAGAAGAGACGAGCGUUCGCCACCGGAAUAGCCGUGUGCGGCUCCGGCGUUGGGACCUUCGCCUUCGCUCCCUUCUCGAAGUACCUCCUGCAGCUGUACGACUGGAAGGGCGGCACGAUGAUCGUCGCCGGCAUCGUGCUGAACGCCAUGGUCGCCGGCUCGCUCAUGAGGCCGCUCUACCUCGACAGCGAACAGCCGCGCAAGAGACUCAAGAGCCUGAUGGAGCGCAUGCAGGAGGCCAAGCUGGCGCGCAUACGCACGUUCUCCGACUGCCCGGACGACGGCACGAGCAUGCAGGUCGACCUGUCGGCCGCCGAGCUCAUGGCGUCGAAGCUGCACGGCUUGGGCGACGAACGCGACGGUGUAGGCGGCGCCACCGACGAUUUGGACUUCCGGUCGAGGACCGGCUCCGCAACGCGUCCCCGCGGCGUCGCUGCCGACGACGGCGACUUCCGGGCGCGCGCGGGGUCGGGCGGGAGGCCGUACGCGUACGGCAGGGGGUCGUUCCGGUCGCGCACGGGCUCCGGCACGAGGCAGCGUCCCGACACGCUGAAGAUUGACGACGGCGGCGGCGGCGGCGGCGGCGGCGGCGGCGGGGAGGUCGUGGUGCGGGUCGAGGACGUCGACGCGAUAACGGAAGAGAAUGAGGACGGGGGCGCUCAGGAGCAUGCGGCGGCGGAGACGACGACGACCACGCCGCAGGAGAACGGGUUGCAGACGGGUGGCGGUGGCCGUGGCAACCAGAGUCCUCAGACUCCCGAGGUGCCCGUCGGGAUUGGUCACGUGAGGACCCCCGAGUCGCCGCUCGCCAACGGCGACACGCUCCACGACGCCUCGCCGGAGUCGCGGCCGCUGAGCCCGACGAGUCCCCGGGACAGGUUCCCGCCAUCGCUCGCGCGCAUCAAGCGCGAGAACAGCUACCCGUACAAUCUCAAGCGGGAGAACAGCUAUCCGAACGCCAACGGCUACGUGAGCAAGAACAUCCGGCGGCUCACCGACGGUCAGGUGGUCGUCUCGUCGCUCGCGAGCAUCCCGCAGCCGAACCAGCAGCUGAAGCCGCCCGUGAACAAGACGCUGCGCGCGCUGCAGGGGUCCAACCCCGACGUGAUGGUCAACAGCACCUCGUCUCUCCGAUCCGGAAUCUGGAAGCGUCCCAGCUACCAGCGCAUCACGAGCAUAUCGCUGAGCACGCACCAGUCCGCCAAGGACAUCACCAAGGAGCUGAAGCGGCCCAUGUACCGCAAGGACAUCUUCUUUAGCGGCAGCAUCUACAACCUGCCCGAGUUCCAGUCGCAGGGCAACAUGAACGCGUACCUGACGUCGAUCACGUCGAUACCGAUGGAGACGGCGCUGUCGACGUGCCGCUACGAGGACGAGCUGGACGACGGUGGCGCCCUCACGGCGACGUGCUGCGGGCCCGAGGUGCGCAGCGUCUUCGCCGAGAUGACUGACUUUGGGCUGCUGCGCAACCCGAUCUUCGCGCUCAUCUGCCUCGCGAACAUAUUGGCCUUUGCGGGGUUCUACGUGCCGUUCGUCUACACGAACUCGCGCGCGCUCGACCUCGGCAUCGAGGAGACCAGCGCCGCCAUGCUGCUGUCCGUCAUCGGCAUCGCGAACACGGUGAGCCGCGUCGCGACCGGCUGGCUCUGCGACCGUCCCGAGGUGAACACGCUGCACGUGAACAACUGCUGCCUUAUAAUCGCCGGCGUCAGCACGAUGCUGGUGCCCAUCUGCUACUCGUACGUCUCGCUGAUCGUCUACUGCACCGUGUUCGGAUUGACAGCAGCUGCAUACAUAUGCUUGACAUCAGUCAUUCUCGUCGAUUUACUCGGGCUGGAAAAGUUGACGAACGCAUUUGGCUUGCUGAUGCUGUUUCGUGGUGCAUCUUGCAUGGCAGGGCCUCCUAUUGCAGGUAUGGUCUUUGAUGCAACGAAUAGCUACACCGUACCUUACAUAAUGGCAGGUGCGUUUCUGUCCAUCGCUGGCCUAAUUGGGUGUCUCAUUCCCUGCUUCCUCUGUUGCCAACAGCCCCAGGAUAUUGCAGAAAUUUACUUGGAGAAGCCACCUAGUAUCAUUGAAGAGGAACCGGAGCCAACGACACCAACAACUCUGUCACAAAAUGACACAUUGGUUGUAAACCAGAUAGAGAGCUGUGUAUAGCACCAUCUGUCUAAUACUUAGUGUGCCUACUCAGCAUACUUAUACCCACCCAUCUCAUCAUCCAGCAUCCCAGCAUCCCAUCUCUGUAUGUGUUCGCGCGUGCGCACAAUUGUGAGAACAGGUGACAACCGAGGCUGGGUGAUGAAUAUUUUGUGAUCAGCAUAUAACCAAGUGUUAACACACACUUUUGCCCUUCAGAACCAUAGGCAAAUCAUUUGUACAAUUUAAUACAUCUGCUUGUUCAGUCCUCGAUUCUACAUGCUUUACAUACAGCCGAGUGCUCAUGUGUGCCUGUGUGUGUGUGUGUGAGUGUGUGAGCGUGUUUGCAUGUAUGUGUGUGUAUAU